AUGUCUGGUCACUCUUAUGAAAAAUAUCAAAGUCCCUUAACGUCACGCUAUGCAUCCCCCGAAAUGUCAAAACUGUUUUCAGCGGCCACACGCUUUUAUACGUGGAGAAAACUAUGGCUAAACCUGGCUAUAGCUGAGAAAGAGCUAGGUCUUGGCAUCACUGAAGAAGCCAUCCAAGAGAUGAAAGAACACCUGACUUUGACUCCUGCUGACUUUGAAACUGCUGCUCUCGAGGAAAAGAAACGGCGUCAUGAUGUUAUGGCUCACGUGCAUGCAUUUGGUUUGGUUGCACCAAAAGCUGCGGGUAUUAUUCAUCUAGGGGCCACCAGUUGUUUUGUUACCGAUAACGGUGACUUGAUAAUUUUGCGUGAUGGCUUAGAUUUAAUAACAGAAAAAUUGGUCAGAGUCAUCGAUCGUUUGGCCAAAUUUGCCGAAGAGUACAAAAAUUUGCCAACUUUGGGAUUUACUCAUUUUCAACCGGCGCAGCUUACUACCGUAGGAAAACGUACAACUUUAUGGAUUCAGGAACUUUUAUGGGAUCUUCGAAACAUAUCACGUGCGCGGAAUGAUCUUGGAUUCCGAGGAGUCAAAGGAACAACUGGAACUCAGGCUUCUUUUAUAACCUUAUUUGAAGGAGAUCACGAAAAAGUCGAAGCAUUGGAUCGACGCGUAGCUGAACUAUCGGGCUUUAAUCAAACGUAUCCAGUGACCGGUCAAACUUAUUCGCGUAAAAUUGAUAUCGACGUUUUAAAUGCUUUGAGCUCCUUUGGUGCAACUGCCCACAAAAUUGCUACAGACAUUCGUCUAUUGGCAAAUUUCAAAGAGAUUGAAGAACCAUUUGAAGAGGACCAAAUUGGAAGUUCUGCAAUGGCAUAUAAGAGAAAUCCAAUGCGCUGUGAACGUGUAUGCAGUUUGGCUAGACAUUUAAUGAUUCUUUCCCAAGAUGCAUUAAUGACAAAUAGCGUCCAAUGGUUGGAACGAACUUUGGAUGAUAGUGCUAAUCGAAGAAUUUCUUUGCCUGAGGCUUUUCUUACCGCCGAUAUUUUGCUGAGUACUUUGCAAAAUAUUUCUGAAGGUCUAGUUGUUUAUCCAAAAGUAAUUUCGCGUCGUAUAGCUCAAGAAUUACCUUUUAUGGCCACCGAAAAUAUUAUAAUGGCUAUUGUCAAAAAAGGUGGUGAUCGACAAGUAUGUCAUGAAGAGAUUCGUGUAUUAAGUCAUCAAGCUGCGCGGCAAGUAAAAGAAGAAGGAGGUGAGAAUGAUUUAAUAGAACGAAUUAAGAAAAACGAGUACUUUAAACCUAUCUGGGAAGAGCUUGAUAAUCUUUUGGAUCCUAAAACUUUUAUUGGUCGUGCACCUCAACAAGUUGAUCGAUUCUUGGCUGAUUAUGUACGCCCAGUCCUUGCACCUUAUGAAGAAACGUUGAAG